CACAGCGUGUGAGUUUAUAGCGUUCAAAGUGUUGUUUUUUUGGGGGGGGAAUACAACCUUACAGACGGAUUUAACGAAGAAAAAAGCCUGCAGUAAUAUAUUCCCAUAGAAGCGUUGCAUCGCUUUCUGCAAAUUCACAAUUCUCUUCGCUGUGCCCAAAAUGUCCUAAUGAAUAAGGAGUUCCUUCCUGCAGCCAUGAUCCAUGAGAGGUGAGAAUUUUAAGCACAUUCACUAGAGGAUGGACCAGUUCCCAUGCAUUUCUGUUACAUAGCGGGGACUUCUGUCCAACGUAGGACCAGACAGCUGCCAAAGCAAUUGGGGAUUAAAGGCCUUUCUCAAAUGGCCAGAGUUAAAAUCCACUGCUGACCCUAGGAUUUGAACCAGUAACCUUCUGCUCACAAGCACAGUCACAUGCCCACCUCCCUCACAUGGGGUGCCUCUCAUGCAGCUUCGUUUUAUGAUACAUCACAUGGACUUUGGACAAAACUUGUCUGGAUGGAUGGAUUAAACAGGCAAAACAAAGGUGGGGGGUGACCCUGCACUCAGGUAGAGGGGCCUCCCCCCCGCAUCACGCAGAGCUGAGUUACAGACACACUGAGAAUGAUCACCCGCAUGCUCAAACCCGGGGCCAUAGAACCCAGCAGGCGCUGGAUGAACAUUCAGUAGCUGAGAUUCGACACGAGGGGAGCGACACAGCAACAUACUCCACACUGUUAAUUAGUUAUUGGCCGAUGGGAGUCAGAGUCACUGAGUCCGGCCUGUCGCUGGAGUCACGGCAGUACCUUGGCAUUGUGGGAAAUCCGGCUGGACAUGACGAUGGCAGCAGAUGACGGAAACCAGGUCAGAGAAGCUCGGUGACGCCACAGACUGGCGAGGCUGAUGUCACAGCGUGUGCAAUUAGCCGUGUGUAAUGGAGCACAUGCCCUGGGCACACAUACCUCAUGCUCUGGUGCAGAACAGCUGGCGGGCAUCACAGAGGGCUGGCAGGACACUGUUCUGGAGGAGCCCUAUGGUGAAACUCACCAGAGAUCGAUUCCUCUUUGCUGGGGCAGCUCUUUCAUUAUACUAUCUCCGUCCAUCCAUCCAUCCAUUUUCUAACGGCUUAUCCAGGUGCUUGCACACUGUGAUGCAGUAGAGGUCUGUAAGGUUUCAGUCUGGUUCUGACUACAGCCCGGUCCAGUGCCCAGUCCCGCACCUCUCCAUGAAUUCCCGCAGGCUUGGACACACCGUGGCGGCGACGCCCAUGCCCACCUGGGGGCGCCGCUGAGCAUUGCUCCUGCGCCCUGCCAUGGCGUAGGCAGUGAAGGGGAGCAGCCGAGAUGAUGGUCGCCACUGGUAACCGGGAGCAGCAGCCCCUGAACCUGACGGGGGUGGAUCCGGAAACAUGCAUGAUGGUGUUUCAGAACCACUGGGCCCAGGUGGAGAAGAUCCUGGAGAAGCAUGACCCACUGCGCGUGGCCAGGGGUCGGCGCCUGGGGCCCAUCCCAGGGGACGAGGCCAGCGCGGUGCAGAACUACGUGGAGCACAUGCUGUUCCUGCUGAUGGAGGAGUGCGGCGGGCCGGGCGGCACCAUGGGCCCCAUCCUGGAGCUCGUGGUGACGGAGAACGUGAUGGAGCGCCUCUUCAUAUGGAGCCUGCAGUGCGAGUUCACCGACGACAUGAAGCUGGAGCAGCUGCGCACGUACGAGAUGCUGGUGCGGCGUUGCCGCCAGCCACUGCUCCGCCACAAGCCGGUGCUGCGGCCCCUCAUGAUGCUGCUGGCCUCCUGCUCGGGGCCCGGAGCCGCCGCCGCAGUCGAGGCCCAGCUGCUGCUCCUCCUGGGCCGGCUCUGCUCCAUCCUGGCCCGCGAGCCCUCCAUCCUGGAGCUGUUCUUCCACGCCAGCGAGGACCAGGGCGCCGCCAACUUCCUCAUCUUCUCCCUGCUCAUCCCCUUCACCCACCGCGAGGGCGCCGUGGGCCGGCAGGCACGCGAAGCCCUCCUCUUCAUCGCGGCGCUGUCCGCCGAGAACCGGCUCGUGGCCCGGUACAUAGCGGAGAACACCUACUUCUGCCCGGUGCUGGCGACGGGGCUUAGCGGUCUCUAUUCCUCCCUGCCCGCCCGGCUGGAGGUGUGCACUGAAGACUGGCACUGGCUAGAGCCCCAGGACUGCUUCGCACUGCCUGCACUGGUCCAGUUCCUCAACUCACUGGAGUUCUGCGACUCUGUCAUCCAGGUUGCCCACCCUUUGAUCAGGAGCCAGCUGGUCAGCUACAUCUACAACGGCUUUCUUGUCCCUGUGGUGGCACCAGCUCUGCACAAGCCGACCCUCGAGGAGGUGGUGACCACCACAGGCUACCUGGAGCUGUUCCUGCGGCGGGCCAAGCAGCCGGCGCUGCUGCGGACCUUCCUGCACUUCAUCCUUCUGCACAGGCAUGAGGGUGUGCACGUCCUGGACAUACUGGUCUGCCGCAUCAACACCCCCUUCCAGCUGGGCACGGUGUCGCUGGCCUUGUUUCGCACCCUUCUCGGGUUACACUGUGAGGACGUCAUGCUACAGCUUGUUCUGAGGUACCUGAUCCCCUGCAGUCACAUCACCCUGAGCCAGCGGGGGGCGCUGAAGGAGAGGGACUGCUACUCCGUGUCUGCCGCUCGCUUCCUGGCCCUCACCCCAAGCUGCUGCCUCCCCGAGCCCAGCGCCCCCUGGUGCGCUGGAGGCCCUGAGGAACAUGAGGGUCUCUAUGAGGAACACCACGGUGCCGACGUUGGCUUUGACGUGCCAGAGAUUCUCACGGUCGCCAGUUACUUGCAGUACCUGCGUGAUGCACACGAUGGCGUCAGACGCUGCGUGGAGGCAUGUCACACGUGGUCAGCACUAUAUGAUGGGGAGGAUCCACCUCCUGAGCUCUGUGGGGCCAGUGUAAUGGAGGAGAGAGAUGGAGGCCUGCUGAGAACGAGCCACGAGCUGCCGAUUCCCCCGGAGCAGGCCGAGCAGCUGGAGCUGGAGUGGGACGACAGCUUCGAUACCGUCCCGUGCCCCGACUGCACGGAGGCCCCCCUAAGCGGAAGGCCUGCCCUCACCGAGCCACCCAGGCACAUCCAGGAGAUGAGGAGGAGCGCCAUCAUGCUCAUCAGGGGCUCCUACAUCGAGGAGUCCGAAUUUCAGGACGAUGUCAUGGUGUACAGCCUGGUGGCGCAGAAGGACGUGCAGGAAGCCACAGAUGGAUGGUGGGCAGGAAGAGCAUCACCUGGCGAAGAGCGGGAGCGAGAACGACCGGCUCAGUCGCUCACCAAUGGAUGCAGCCCCCUGCUGGACACACAGGAGGCUGCAGAGCAGGACCACUGCCCCCCGGGCCAGAAGUCGGGGCAGGCAGCCACAGCGAGGCGACCGGCCGAUGAGCCGGCGUCCCAGUAUGAACAGCUGAUCCAUGAGCUGGGGGCAGAGCUGGGAAGCCCGGAGGGGCCCUGGGGGGAAACGCUGGCAUGUGACAUCCUUACCAACGAGGACGGGGUGGAUUUCAGCUCCUUCAGCACCAACGAUCCGGAAUCGGAAAACACCCCCUCGCCUUACGUGUCAAAGGCGGAGAGCCAGCCAGCGCCUUUCACAGGGCCCUUCGUCAGCGUGCUGCUGUCCCGCCUGGAGAACAUGCUGGAGAACUCGCUCCACACCAACCUGCUGCUGACGGGCCUCCUGGCCCAGCUGGCCGUCCACCCCCAGCCACUGCUGCGCCGCUUCCUGCUGGACGCCGGCCCCUCCCCCUCCUCCCAGCCCACCACCCACUCCCUCUACCAGGUCCUGGCUUCCAUUAAAAGCCAGAUAGAUCAUCAGGCGUCUAUGAAGCAGAACUUCCGGGAGGAGGUGAGAGAGGCACAGAAGUACCUCCUGGCCAGGGAGGAGGUCCCAGGGGGCCAAGACACCCUCCUGAAGUCUCACGCUGGGCAAAGAGGACUGUGGGCCCCCAUCAGAAAUGCCCCAGCCCUGGCCCUCCAGCCGAUAAUCCCACUGCAGGCCCAAAACGCAGCAUUGGCCACAGUGAUCUACGCAGAGUUCCUCAAAGAGCUGGCGGCCAUCGCACAGGAGCAUAGCGUGCUUGAGCCGCUGCCCAGCGAUCACUAGGGGGCUGUCCAGGGUCACGUCUGCGGUGAACUGCAUUUUUAAAGGCGUUACAGGUUACAGCUUUUUAUAUAUUAAUAUUAAAAAGCACAUAUUUUUAUGCCAUUUUUGUGAUGACACUUGACAGAAAAUAAUUCUCCGGGGGAUAGAGAUUUUAUGUUUUAUGUACAUUUCAUGUUAUUUCUUAAUACGGCAUUUUUGUACAGGGUCUAGUCAUAACAUUUUGGGUACCUUUUGAAGUUCUGUGCAGUGGAAUCAUGUACAACAACAGAAUUUUUCUUUCUGAAAUCACACUGAUCAGGUCUUUAGCUGUGACUACAGAAAUCAGGAACUGAGUUUGUUUUUAUGGGAAGUGGUGUCCUGGUCACUAAUGCCAGACUGCAUCUCCAAGUGAGUCAACCGUGGAGGGCUAAGAACCCACGAUUAUAGCCAGAGAGCUUGACUGAUGGCAUAAAACUAAAACUGCACACUUCUGCGACGUCACUGUCAUUAUGCUCUUUGCUGAGGCCUUGUUAUAGCGAUGUUUUCGUAAACAUUAUGGUAAAAAUAAAGCAGAGAAAUCUAUGCAAACUGUGAAAAGAACACUUGCCAUACCGGCUCUCAUGUAGGGGAGGCAGGAUUUUCUCGUUCAGAUCCUUUGUGUUUGUCUUCCUUCGGUAUGACGGAAUGCGUCACCUUCUGGUUUCUACUGGUGGCACAUCAGCACUGCUGUGUUCUAUAAAGGUCACACUUGCGUUCCUUUGCAGGAAAAUACGCAGAAAUCGCCACGAUAAAAAAAAAGAAAAAACACCCAAUAUGGGGCUUCUGUGUGAGUGAAAUAUAGAUUACUUUGAGGGAGUUUGUUUGAUGUUCAGGGUGAUGAUACACUGAAGGGUUUCCAUGGAUACGAAAGAGAAAAACACAAAGACACUGCGGAAUUCCGGUCUGCUGGGAUUUGCUGUCUUGGCAACAUCAGAACAUCAAUUAUCCCGAACUGGGCUGUUAUUUCUGGGGAAUGUCAUUGAGGUGUGAAUGUUGUUAUUUUGCAGCAAUGAUUAAAAGGCCUGACACUUAUUAAAGAUGCCAUUUUGGGUGUGA